GUAGUACACAAGCACCAUCGGAAAAAUAAGAAAAUUUAUUUCCGCACUGGAUAUUUUUCAUAUUUAUCAACAUUUUACGCGUACAAUAGCUUGCAGAAUCUCAGUUAUGGAAAAAGAACAACACAAAAAACAUUAAAAUAUGCUUGAAAUAUGACUAAAAUCAUUGCGAAAUAGAGAAAAAUAACUUUUAUGAAAGCUGUCGCAUCGGAAAAUAAUUUGCACUGGACAUUGGAUUGGUGAUUCAUUUUGUUCUGAGACAAUAGAAGUGGACCAAGGACAGUGCCUCACUAAAUUUCAGAAUUAUGUCGCAUCCUGUGAUAGUGAAUGUUUAUGAUAUGUAUUGGAUUAAUGAGUAUUCUGCCCACCUUGGUAUUGGUGUGUACCACUCAGGAGUAUCAGUCUAUGGAACAGAAUAUGCCUAUGGUGGCCAUCCAUUCCCAUUCAGUGGAGUGUUUGAGAUUGAGCCUGGUGAUGCAGAGGAUCUUGGGGAACAGUUUAAAUUCAAGCAAUCUAUUGAAGUCGGCAAGACAGAUUUUACAGUGGAAGAUGUAAAGAAAAUAGUUGACCAGUUUGGGAAGGACUUCAGGGGAAAUCAGUACCAUCUACUGAACAGGAAUUGUAACCAUUUCACCUCUGGUCUCAUUCAGAUCCUGGUUGGGAAGGAGCUGCCUAGCUGGGUGAACAGAUUGGCUUAUGUCAGUUCAUGUAUACCAUUUAUAGAAAAAGCAAUACCUAAAGAGUGGCUUACCCCAGUUGCUUUACAACAAACUCUGCCUCCUGGCUAUGAGUAUAGAUCUAUAGACUUAGACAGACCUAAGACAUCCCCUGGGGGGAGUGCUCACAGGACUGUGGAUUUAACCCAGGAAAGGUCACGUAGCAGUGUGGGUUCCAGGCUAGCAGGGGCUUCAGGGUCAGAGUCACCCCCCACUGAGGGGGGUAGGAGAAGGUCUGAUUCAAAGGAACGGGAUUGUUUCUCUUUUGCAGAGACUUUUGGAUUUAAGAAACAAAAUACUAAAUGAUACAUGCCUUCCCAUUAGUCUGUUAUGUAGGAAAGUUCCAAGUCCGACCACUGCACAUAAAUGAAUACGGAUUGUAAUUAAGGUCUAAAAAACUGUGUUUUCUUUCUCAUAUUUUCUUAGUUAUAUACCUAGUAAUGACAAUGUAGGCAAUAACCUUCAACUUUUUCCCUUGCCAGCUGUUGACAUUGAAUUAUAGUGACAUAACAUGAAAUCACUCAGGAUGAAACUGUUAUCAUUAAAAAUGUAUUAAAUGCAUUCAAAAUUUCAUUGUAAAAGUUUGUAUCAGUGCAGUCUUACAUUAAAAAACAAAUUGAUAUUUUUUACACAUGUAUAUGCAUUAAUAUUUGUGGCCAAUGAGAAUGCGCUCUUGUUGACAUCAAGUUGACCAGACUAGGCUAGCUGGUUAUUUUUCACAAGGAGUUGGAGAAGGAGAUUUGUUAAACAUAAUUGAUGAAUAAUAGGGUGAAAUGUGCUUUGGGAGCAAUUUUUCAGUAUAACUGGUCAUUGCAUCUACAAAGUAAGUUAAAUAAUGCAUUUAUAUAAGCAGGCUAUUUAUCUAAGUGUGACCACGUUCAAACCACAAUUAGUCAUUCUUGAAAAGCACAUGACCGAUAAUACCUCGAUAAAACCCCGGAGGUUCAAAUCCAAUGCACUCUGCACAUUUAUCUGAUUUUAUCUAAUAAACCCUGAUACUACAGAGGUCUAACUGGAUCUUUCAAUUAAAAAUAAAUAUUUUAGAUAAUUUAUAUGAAUAUAUUAACUGUAGAGUAAAACUUACAUGUACAUGUACAAGUUUUAUCUCAUUUACAAAUUAGGAGUAGUUGCCGAUAGGCUAUCACAACUACAUUAUAUUACAUACGAGUAUCUCAUUAACAAUUUGAAUACUGUAUUAUAUUAACAUAUAUUUGUAAGCAUUUUUAUUAGUUGAUAAAAUACACAUAACAGCUGUAAUACUAAUCAAUGGUAAUCUUUGAUAUAAGAUGCUAAUGUUACAAAUGUAUUCUUACAAAUAAAAAUAGCUUGUAUUUAGUCAUGUAUAAUGCCUGGGUUGAAUCUCUAGUAGCUGAUGUAAUUAUAUUAUCUUGGGUUUUAGAAACCCCAUUUGGCUAACUGCUACGUAUUUAUAUUAUUUGAAUGUUUAUGGUUUAAAAAGCCUCUUGCAAUGCUCUUUUGGAGCAAGUUUGUGGAUUUAAUUUUCCCAGGGUAGUUGUUAUCUUACCUUA